AAAUAUGUGAUGCCCAGCGUUUUGAAGGCCACGGAUGGCUGCCGCGUUCCCCCUGUCCACGGCUCCGCCGCUCCCCCUCCGCCACUCAGCCGCCGGCAUCUCUCUAGCCUUUCGCGUCGGACGCAGCCGCCGGACGCGGCAUGAUGGCCGCUGCGCGCUCCGGUUGCCGGCAGCGGCCGCCGGCGUCACAUGCGGCCGGACGCGGAGAGCCACGGCCGUGGCUGCGGCCCAAGGCCAGACGGCGGCCGGGGAGGGUAUCCACGAUAGCGCCGGGGAGGGAUCGCUGCGGAUGGUCCUGCUCAGCACGGCGGUAGCCGUUUGCGGCUCCUUCGAGUUCGGCACCUGUGUUGGGUAUUCUGCUCCGGCUCAAGCUGGAAUUGUGAGCGACAUUGGACUGUCCAAUUCAGAGUAUGGUGUCUUUGGAUCUAUCUUGACGAUCGGUGCGAUGAUUGGCGCUCUGACUAGUGGCCGCCUUGCAGACACUCUUGGACGCAAAACGACCAUGCGGCUGGCAGCAAUCGUUGGAAUUUUUGGUUGGCUUACUAUAUACUUAGCCAAGGGUGCUACAAUGCUCUACCUAGGAAGAGUCUUGCUGGGCUACUGUACUGGAGUUCUUUCCUAUGUGGUGCCUGUGUUCAUAUCUGAAAUAGCACCAAAGGAUCUCCGAGGAGGCCUUGCAACCUCAAACCAGUUGUUUAUUUGUUCAGGGUGUUCAGCUGCCUACAUUAUUGGAGCACUGCUUUCGUGGCGCUCUUUGGUUCUUGUAGGAUUACUGCCUUGUGCUUUCCUCCUUGCGGGUCUUCUCUUCAUUCCUGAGUCUCCAAGGUGGCUGGCCAAUAUUGGGAAAGAGAAAGAAUUCCGUGCUUCACUGCAAAAGCUUAGGGGUGAAAAGGCUGACAUAUCUCGAGAGGCUACAGAAAUUAGAGAGUAUAUUGAAUCAGUUCACAGUUUACCUACGGCCAGGAUUCAAGACUUGUUUCACAGCAAAAAUAUGUACGCAGUCAUUGUGGGUGUUGGCCUGAUGGUCUUUCAGCAAUUGGGAGGAAUAAAUGCGCUAGGCUUCUAUACAAGCUAUAUUUUUUCCUCUGCAGGGUUUUCUGGUAAACUUGGAACCACCUUGAUCGGCAUUAUUCAGAUUCCGAUCACAUUAUUUGGGGCCCUUCUAAUGGAUAGGAGUGGAAGAAGAGCCCUUUUACUGGUCUCUUCAUCUGGCACAUUUGUGGGCUGCUUUCUGACUGGGCUAUCAUUCUACUUUAAGGCGCAAGGAUUAUACACAGAAUUGGUUCCUACAUUGGCUCUUUACGGCAUAUUGGCAUACUAUGCGGCAUACUCAAUUGGAAUGGGACCUGUUCCUUGGGUUAUCAUGUCUGAGAUAUUCUCGAUCGACAUGAAAGCAAUAGCCGGAAGCUUGGUAACCCUGGUUAGCUGGAUUGGUUCCUUCGCAAUAUCGUAUUCAUUCAGCUUCCUUAUGGAUUGGAAUUCUGCAGGCACCUUCUUCUUGUUCUCUGCAGCGAGCCUUGUUACCGUGUUGUUCGUGGCAAUGCUAGUGCCAGAAACUAAAGGGCGAACGCUCGAAGAGAUCCAAGAGUCACUAAAGGCCAGCGCAUGACAAACUAAGAGAGUGUGCAUGAUGUUAGCAUGCACGCCCGUUACAAGUUACUUAUGUAGAUUGAUCUAAGAAAAACUAGUAAGACUCUACCUGUUGUAAAUUCCCAUGUACCUCUUGUUACCCAUUAGAAGGCUUGGCCAUGAGUGCCGACUUGUCAAGAGACAAAUUGCAUGAAUCAUGAUGCGUUGCGACAAUUUCUUUGAUAUAUGCUUUGGCUUGUGCCCCGUA